AUGUCAAUCCGCAAAACAAACCCAACAGGCGUGGCAAGUCCUCCAUCUUCGCCUUCAAAACGAGAUUCCAAACGUGCAAGAUUGGUAUUCAUUAGUGACGAUGAUGGCGUCAGCAAUAAUAAUAAUAAUAAUAAAAAUACCACUGCAGAAGACAAUGACAAUGGCAAUAAUCCCAUUCGUCGAUUCUCGCCACCGCGUAUGCUGGGUCUUACGGAAUCUUCCUCAGGAUCAAAUGAUGAACCGCCACCUUCACAGUUAGACCAAGAUGACGAAUUCACAGGUCUUGAAAGUUCAUUACCGCAGUUGACGGAUUAUGAAGCUAUUAAUCGUGAAGAAAACAAUGGACCCAGAAGGUCGAGUAUCUAUGUCGAUGCAUUCAACUUGGCACUCGAUACAGUGUUAGAGGAGGAAGCAUAUCUUUUUGAUGAACAGGAACAUGAGGUUUUUGGGAAAUAUAGAAGGUUGGAUUAUGAAGCACAGUAUCUAUACGUUCGACUUUUCCUCCGCAAAACCAAUGCCUGGUUCCGAGUCGGGAAACUAGGCUACUUCUAUGACAUCAAAGACAUGCCAACCGCCUGCGCUGCACUCCAAUCUCAAGAUAUAGCAUUCGCACAAAAUGAAUCUGAAAUAACGACUAUCGACGAAGCAGCAUCAAUGCUUACCGUCGAGGAACUAAAAACUAUCACCAAGGAAGCCAAGGUGGCGGGGGGUAAUAAAACCCAAUUAAUAGCCGCCCUCCGUCGAAGCUGUGCAAAUCAAGGGAGCCUCAACAUACAAGGCCAACUACGAAUUAUCCAUAAUAGUAAUAAUGGUAGCAACAAUAAUAGUACUACUGGGCAAUCUCGCUACGGAACUAUCAGGACCAAAGCGGUUAUUGACAAAAUGUUGGAUAUCACGGGUCCUUGUAUUCGACUGAUGGAAUCCGUUACUACGCUAUUCAGUCGUGUACACCUCGUUUUCUAUCGUUCGACGGAAUGGACUGAAAAGUCUUUAACGACAUUAAUCCUCGCACGGAUCAUGAAGAGAAAUUUCCCGUCAUAUUUCGUCUGCCGGACCUCCAACAUCUUUCCAACCCGAGAAGCACUGAUCGAUUUCGAACGCGCCAUAAAACUCCAAAGCGAAGUCGACAAUAUUCUCGAAAACGGAGUCCCCACGAAGGACGACCUCCAAGAGAUCGUGGGAAUAAUGGAGUCAAUAUACGGUCGAUGGGAAAGAUAUUGUGAAGACGGGAAAAAUAAAGACGAUUUUGAAGAAAUCUACUUGCGAAGGUUUUCUGCGGGGUGGGUUUAUACUAGAAUCGUUCAUAAGGGGGUUUAUGCCAUCUCAAGACAUAAGGAUUAUGAACGAGAAAGAAUGAUAUUAUUGGCUCUUCUGUCGCAGAGAUUAUAUCAUCCGUCCAGAAGAGGGGCAUGGUAUCAGCGAUUGGCAUUGAUCGAGGAGCAUUAUUUUCAUGAUGCUUCUUCAGCAAAUAGUAAACGGCUUUGGUUGAGGACUGCGUUGAACACUUGUGAAAAGGGAUUGGAAGAUCCCGAUACACACGUUAUCUACCACUACGAUCUUCAAAAGCGGAUUACCAAGUUGGAGAAAAAGUUGAAUAUCCCGAUGCGAUUACAACAUAUAUGGGUCUGGACGUUGAAGAAACCGAUAACAAGGAGCAUCUCCGGACAAAGAAUCCAAAACGACGACGGAUCACCGCCAAAACCCGGGCAAAAGACCGUGUGGAAGUUGGAAUCCGACGAAGAAGGAAGUGUGGAGGAGAUGUGCUUGGAACGAUAUCGAUCCGAAGGUUGGAAGGGAUUCCACUGCGAGGGUGGGAUUAUCAAAACAAUAUUUGCGUACUUAAUGUACGAUAUAUUAUUCCUACCCCUCCCUAACAUCUUCCAAACCGAGUUUCAAACUUGUCCGUUGGAUUUACAUACAGACUCAUUUUACGUCUGUCGGAUGAGCGAGAUCAACCAUCGAUUGAUGGAGAUUUCGAACGGGGAAGGUGUAAAGGUAGUAAAAGAAGUAUGGAAGAAAGAGGUGGAAAGGCAAACAUGCGUUAUUGGUCUCGAUUGGAAAUUCGAGAUUAAUGAGAUCUGCGAGGUCGUGGAGUGUUUGGGAGGAGAGACUUUAAGUGUGAUAUGUAAGGUACUGUGUCAGGAGUAUCAACAGAGAAGUAGUGGGAUGCCAGAUUUGUUCCUUUGGGACUAUGACAAGAAAAAGGCGAAGUUCGUGGAAGUGAAGAGUGAGAAUGAUCGGUUGAGCGAUACUCAGAGGGUUUGGAUCGAUGUUCUUACUGGUGCGGGGGUUGAGACCGAGCUUUGUCAUGCUGUGAAUGGGGUGAAGGGCUAG